AUGCCCAGAAUUGGCUAUGCUUCAGCAGGUCAUGAGACACACCGGGCCAACCGAAGUUUGGGAGCGGUAAUAGGCACAAGUUCACGAACAAUUGUGCGUGGACCCUUUAGGAAGAUAAGCAAAAAGCAGCAGGUCUGGCUUUCUCCAGCAAAAUUGCUGGGCUUGACAGUAAUCGAAUUAGGCAACAACGUCAAGAAGAAGUUCAGUGAGUUUAUAAAUUUGAUUCUUUUCUAUGCAUUUGAUAUGAUUAUAUUCGAGGGGAAAAUAUUGCACAACCAGCAAAAGGGCAGAUUGAAUGAUGUGAAAACCGACACAAACGAAUUGUAG